AUUAAUUCCAAUAAAAUAUUUUUUUUAUUUAUUCUAUUUUUCAGAACAUUAAUCUCUAUUUCUUCUAAUUCUUGAUUUGGAUGUUGAAUUGGUCUAGAAAUUAAUCUUUUAAGUUUUAUCCCCCUAAUCUCCCACUCUACUAAUUUAUUUUCUACUGAAGCUUCUUUAAAAUACUUUCUUACUCAAUCUAUUGCUUCCAUUAAUUUUAUUUUUUCAAUUUUAAUAAAAAUAACUUUAAUAAAAAAUUUUGAAAUAAAUAAUUUUAUUUCAAUUAUAAUUAAUUCUUCCCUAUUAAUAAAAAUAGGUUCAGUACCUUUUCAUUUUUGAUUCCCUAAUAUUUCUGAAGGUUUAUCUUGAUUUAAUAAUUUCUUAUUAAUAACAUGACAAAAAAUUACCCCCAUAAUUUUAUUGUCUUAUUAUUUAAAUAAAAAUUUUAUUAUUAUUAUUAUAACUUUAAAUACUAUUAUUGGAGCUAUUGGAGGUCUUAAUCAAUCUUCUUUACGUAAACUUAUAACUUUUUCUUCAAUUAAUAAUUUAGGAUGAAUAUUAGCUUCAAUUUUAAUUAGAGAAAAUCUUUGAAUAUUUUAUUUAAUUAUAUAUUCAUUUUUAAUCAGAAUCAUAUGUUUUUUUUUUCAAUUAUUAAAUAUAUUCUUUAUUAAUCAACUUUUUAUCUCUAAUAUUAAUUACUCAAUUAAAAUAUUCCUAUUAAUUAAUUUUUUAUCAUUAGGAGGAUUACCCCCCUUUAUUGGAUUUUUUCCAAAAUGAAUCUUAAUUAAUUUUUUAUUAUCAAUAGAUUUUUUUAUUAUUACAUUUAUUUUUAUUAUAACAAGAUUAAUUAUUUUAUUUUUUUAUAUUCGAAUUAUUUAUUCAUCCUUUUUAUUUAAUUAUAUUAAUUUAAAAUGAAUAAAAAUUUUUUUAAAAAAUAAAAAUUUAAUUUUUAUUAAUUUUUUAUCUUUUUUAUCAAUUACAGGAAUAAUUUUAAGAACUUUAAUUUUUUUAUAA